AUGGUAGCGGAGCUGCGGUUGGCAGCUUGCUGGGCGACACUCCUCGCGGUACUUGCGCUGAUGGCUGCGCAGGGUUCUGAGCAGCCGGCAAAUCCCUUUUCCCCGACGGCCAAUGCGGCGGCACAGCCGGUUCAGAUCGGGUCCGGGGGCUUGAUCGACACGAAGGCGUACGGGAAGCUACGCACCUUUGAUGGAAAGGAAGAGUCAUGGCCGACCUGGGCAUUUGUGGCUCGGUCGUACUUCGGGCUGCUGAGCCCGGCCUUCGAAACCUGCCUGAACACGGCGGAGAACCAUCCCGGCGUCCGGGCCCUCGCCGACCUGAGCGACCAGGAGGCCAUCCAUGCACGUACUCUGUACCACGUGCUUGUGCAGAGUGUGGAAGGGAAAGCGCUGAGCAUCCUGAUGAACGUGGAGAAGCUGAACGGCCUUGAGGGCUGGCGAGCUUUGGUGGAUGCGUACCAGCCAGACCUUGGAGGAAGGCACACCUCGAUGCUUAUGGGGAUCAUAAGCCCUUCCUGGGAAAAGGUGACCGAGGGCGACUUCCUGGAGAGCCUGGAGAAGUGGGAGGUCCUGAUCCGCCGCUACCAGGACCAGGCCGUGGACAUUGUCAGUUCGGCGACCAAGAUUGCAGUGUUUAUGAAGUACGCGCCGGCAGCCUUGCGAGGAGCCUUGCGGACCAAUGCUUCCUUGAUGGGGUCCGACUGCGACCGGGUGAAGAAGUUCAUUCGGGACUGGCUGCAGAGCGGCGUGACUUACACGAGUGCUGGGGACAACGUGGCGCCAAGCACGCCCGGAGGCCUCAUGCCCAUGGACGUCGGUGCCAUCGACUACAAGGGCAAGGGCAAGGGCAAGGGCAAAGAAGGAAAAGGAAAGGGCGGCCGCGCCAAGGAGGGGAAAGGCAAGCCCAGCGACAGCAAAGGCACGUUCCAGGGCGAGUGCGGGUUCUGCUGGAAAUGGGGCCACAAGCGCAGUGAGUGCUGGCUUCGCCAGCAGAAAGGCAAGAAGGCCGGCAAAGGCAAGGACAAGGGCAAAGGCAAGACCACGGCGGCAGUGGAGCAGACCGAGAAUGCGGGCACCGCGGCGGCGAUUCACUACUACAUGGGCGCUGGUGAGGAAGCAGGGCCCGAGCUGGAGGAGUAUGAGGACGAGCUGUGGGUCAUGGCGAUCCAGGCGGCCGGUGGCAAGCGCGACGACGCCAGCAACGAGAAUGUGUGCCCCUACGGCUUGACGGAGGACACCUAUGACGAGCCGAGCACUGUCAUGCUUCGGGAUGUUUCCGGAGGGAGGCUGAGCACCGGGAAGCAGCGGACUUUGCGCUUUGUGGUGGAGACCUCAGAGGGACGGCAAGUGAUAGUGGAAGGCGUGUUCCAAGUCAGCCGGGCAUGCCUUAAGUUGGUGGUUUCGGCGGGCAAGCUCAGUCGGGCCGGCUAUGGCGCGGUCCUUGGUGCCGGCGGCGGUGCCUUAUGGCACCCAGGCGGAGGACACAUCCCGCUGACUUUGCGGGGCAACGCCACCUACUUCAAGGCAUGGUCGCUGCAGGCCCCGGCGGAGAACGAUCCAGAUCGGCGGGGACGUGAACUUCGAAAGGAGCUGGGCCAGGUGAAGUACGGCACAAAGGCAGAGCUUUGGAAGAGGCUGGAGAAGGCGGAGGCAACCCACUUGCGUGAGCAAAAGAAGCUGCAGGACCGACAGCGGCGUCUUCGCGAAGGUGUGGCGGAACCAGCCAAGGCCCCGGCCGGACCUCAGGAACCCAGUGCCGAGGAGCGGGCCCAACACGAGCUAACACAUUUGCCUCCGGAGCCGUGGUGCGAGCAUUGCAUUAAGGGCCGGGCGCUGGAUGUGGCGCAUCGCCUGACACCUUUGGAGCUCAGGGCACAGAGGCCGCGGGUUGAGAUUGACUACUCCUUCCUGAAGACCGACGGCACCCGUGCUCCAGAGGACGAAGCGGCGGAGGUGAUCCUGAGUGCUUGGGACGAGUCCACUGGAAUGGCCACGGCGGCCAAGACCUACGACGUGAACCACAUUUGCCGCUGGCUGGGCGAGUUCAUUGCCAACUUGGGCCACGUGACGAUCCGGGCGGACGGUGAGCCAGCCAUCCUCAACAUUGCCAGGCGCCUCGCCGACGCCCUCCGGAAUGACAACAUGGUGGGCGUUCGGGGAAUAAGGGCCACAUUGGAGACGGCGCCGAGAUACUCGAGCCAGUCCAUGGGUGGCGUGGGCUCCUUCCAGCACACCUUGAAGACCGAUGUGCUGACUCUUCGCUACGACACCGAGGCCCGGUACAACUUUGCACUUGGGCCGGGACACAACCUUUGGCCGUGGAUGGUGCGCUGGGCAAGCUUUAUCCGGAGUCGCUUCGGAGUGAAGGCCAACGGGCGCACGGCCUACCAGGAUGCCUUUGACACUGCCUACACCGGGGACAUCCUGCCCUUCGGCGAGACGGCCAUGUUCAGAAUGCCAGCCAGCCGGACGGGGGCAGUGCAAGGGCGAAAGCGUGUGCUUAAAGGCGACAGUUUGUGGAGGCCUGGGAUCUUCCUGGGUCGGACCCUGCAGUCCUCGGAGUACUUGUUCGGUACCCCCGACGGUGUGUACACGGCAAGGUCCCUUCGGCGACUACCUGUUGGACGGGGGGCCGAUAAGGAGCUCAUGGCAACCUUCCUGGGCCUACCGUGCGACACCAAGACCACUUUGAAAGGGCCGCGGAAGCUUGCAGUUUCAUCGGGCGGCCGGGAAGCAGUUGCAGCAGGGGAGCCAGCACAACAUGAUGAAAGCCGGGGUGCAGACCUGGCGGUUCCUCGAACUCCCGGGGACAUUCCUGGCACACCGCCGGGACCCAAGAUGCCACAGACUGACAGAGCAGAGACGCCACAGACCGACAGGGCAGAGACACCACAGACCGGCGGGGCAUCGGCACCACAGGCCACAAUUCGUUUGCCAACAGCCAAGAAGGGCGCCAAGAAGGACCGUGACGUGCUGGAGUUCAACCGGAGAGCCGCUGAGGAUGCAAAGGUGGCAGCCGAGUCCACUUCAGAAGGUUCCGGGGUGAAGCGUGGUCCCACAGAGCAGGUCGAGGACUUGGAAGCAAGCGUCGGAGAUGACAGCACCGGCGCAGGAGAGAAACGAGCAGCCGAGGACCCGGGCAUGGAAGUCGAUGACCAGGGUAAGCGUUUGUGCAUUGGUGGUGUUGUGGCAGCCACUCUUUACACUCCAGCCGACCCCGACGAGAUGGACACCUACGCCUUGGAUGAUGGGGACGGCUGGCGCUUGGACGAUGACGAGGUGGAGCUCAACGAGGACACGACCGGCUUCACCGAACAAGAGGUCCUGGACGGCAAGCUGAAGGAGCUCAGCAAGAUGGACAAGUACGACACAUACGACCCCAGACCGGAGGAGGAAGCCCAGGGCAAGAAGAUCCUCGACAGCACCUGGGUGGUCACUCGACGGCCGACGGGUGAGGUGAAGUGUCGUUACUGCUUGCGUGACCUUAAGCGGGGCAAGAAGCGUGAUGAUGUUUUCGCCGUUGCCUCCUCGCAGGCGACAGCCCGGGUGAUCGACACGGUGGGGGUCAAGAAGGGCUAUGUCUUCUUCACGGCGGACGCCGAGAACGCCUACUGGCAGGUGCCCAUCAAGGAGGACGUGUACAUGUACCCCCCAGCCGAGUGGCUGGAAAAGCGGAAGGCGGCCGGGCUUCCACACCAAGGCCUGGUCUGGAAGCUGAAGAAAGAAUGGUACGGCCGGCAGAUUGCCGGGCAAAGCUUUGUGGACUGGGCGGCCCAACAAGCCAAGACCGAGGACUUUGAUCGUUGCCAGGCCGCACCUUGGUUCUUCUACAACGCGGCCCGAGACGCGAGCAUGGAGGUCCACAUGGACGACUUCUAUGGGACGGCCCCAGAACGCGAGGCGGUGGAGUUCUUGGAAAGCCUCAGCAAGAAGAUCGUGAUGAAGUACAAGAUUCACCGCCCCGGCGACACCUUUGAGCACCUGAAGCGUUUGCGCACAGUCCACGAGGAUGGGAUGAUGGUCAAGCCAAACCCAAAGUACUUGGAGGGCAUGCUGGAGACUUUGGGGCUAAAGGAAGCCAAUGCGGCUCCCACUCCCGAAAGCACGGCCAAGGAAACCUUCAAGGCCGAGCCCCUCGAUGAGCAGAAAACCUUCGAGUACAGGAGCUGCGUGGGAAAGGCACUUUACCUUUCUUUUGACCGACCCGAUUGCCAACAUGCAGUGCGUGAGCUGACCAAGUACAUGAAGCAGCCGACCACCGAGGCCAUGAACUCCCUGCGACGCCUUGCUAGGUACCUGAAGGGAACCAGAGACAUGGGAGUAUGGCUUCCCCGCGAGGGCGACCUCGAGUGCUUGGAGGCCAUAUCGGACACCGAUUGGGCCAACUGCAAGAAAACACGGAAAAGCUGUGCCGGAGGUGUUUUCAUGGUUGGUGGCUGCCUCGUUGGGAGCUACAGCAGGGGAUUGGCAAUGAUAUGCCUCUCUUCGGGCGAAGCCGAGUUCAACGGCGGCGUGAUGGCCACGAGCGAGGGCAUCUUCUACAAGGAGGUCUUCUCUUUCCUGAGGAUCUUCCUUAAGUUGCGAGUGUGGCUGGACAGCAGCGCUGCACGGGGGAUCUACCAGCGUGAAGGCGUGGGAAAAGUGAGGCACCUGGAAACUAAGUCGUUAUGGGUGCAACAGGGCUUAAAAGAGCGGAAGUUUUCACUCCAUGCCAUCGCCACCGAGACCAACCCGAGCGACAUCCACACCAAAGGGCUGGCGGUGGCGCGCUUCGAGAUCCUCAGGUCUCUCCUCGGUGUGAUCGAGGACGAGUUGACGGCCAAAGCAGCACGGGCCACACUCCUGGCCGGCAUGCUUGUGGGAAGUGUGAGAAAGCGUCCGACAAAAGCGGUCGGAGGAGGAACGUUGGCAGCCAUCCUGUUGGCAGCUGGCGUUGGAGGCGCCCAAGGACAGGCGCUGCAGCCAAGGGGGGCCGGAGCACUGAAGAUGUAUGCUGAGAUCGCUGGGCCAAGCCUCUACGUGCUGGUGUUUGCCAUGGCGUUCAGCUUCUUCCUAGGGGGGUUCCUCGUUUGGCUGUGUUGCCGUGGAGGCGGCAAGCAGAGGAAGCACACUUACGACGACGUGUACCCCGUGAACAACGUGGAGGGCCCCUACAUCCUCCGGACCGGGACGCGAAUGCACAUGUUGUCCAGAAUUCUGUGCAGCGGUACCAGAAGAUUGAUUGAGAAGGGCUUGGGGUUUAUGGUGUACGGUUGGAGAUUUUUGGCCUUUAAUUCAACCUUAGUCUUUGGAACGCCCAGCUGCGAGAUGCCAAAGACGCCUCGCAUUCGGGAUGCACCAGAUCAGCUGGGAAACAUGCAGGAGCACGCCGAUGAGGCAGCAGCAGAGCCUCCGCAAGCAGAUCUUGCAGAAGAAGCAUCCGAGGAGGUCGGCGAAGAUGGAGCUGCAGAGGUAGCCGCCGAGAAGGAAGCCGCUGAAUCCCCGGAGGCUCCAGACAUUCCCGAUGCCGAGGAGGAUGCCUCCGGUCCGGCAGAGCCGGAAGUCGCACCGGCAGCGGAGCCGGCGGAGUCGACAGAGGUGUUGCCGGAGGAUUCGGUUGCUUCAGAUACCGCACCCAACGAGCCGUUGAGGGCCGAGGAAGCAGCGGAGUCUGCAGAUGCUGAUCCAGAGGAGGACUCGCAGCCUGAAAGUCCUGCCGAAGCAGAGCCUUCAAGCGAACCUGCCGAGCCAUCUGCAGAUCCCGACAAGGAGCACGAGCUUGCACCCGAGAAGGAGCAAGCCAAAGAGACGCCAGCAGAACCCGCGGGCACCACGGCAGCGGACAAUGAUGAAGCUGUUGAGGAGCCAGGUGUUGCUGCUGAAGACAGAUGA